AUGAUAAAUGAAUAUUCUUUAUCUAGUGUUAAAGAAAAUUAUAAAAUAUGCAAAUUUUGUGGAAAAAAAUGUUUGAUAAAUAAUGAUAAAAAAAAUUUUGAAAAUCAUAUUUGUGAUUUUCGUUAUUUUUAUUCUGAUGUAUAUCCAAUAUGGAUUAAUGAAUGUCAUGGUAUUAAGCAGUUAAUGAUAAAUCAAAGCUUUUUGAGAAAAUUUUUUUGGAUUAUUCUCUUAAUUUUUUGUGUUGGUGGAACAUUUUUAGCAGUGGCAUUUGUUAUUAAAGAUUAUAAAAAAGGUGAAACGAUAACUUUUACAUCUUUAAAAAUUGUACAAUCAUUAGAAUUACCUGCUUUAACAAUUUGUCCUGAUGUUCAUAAUAUUUUAAACACCAAUGGUAUUUAUAAUGAAGUACAGUCAUUUUAUCCUAAUGUCACAAUUAAUGAAGUAAAAGAUCUUAUACAAUAUUUUUUAGCUGGUAAUGGUUAUAUAAAAAUGAAAAGAAUUAAAUAUUCACCAAGAAAUUAUAUUGAACACAUUGGAAUGUUAUAUAAUGAAUGGUCUAAAAAUUAUACAAAUUAUGACUUUUAUUUUCAUGUUCAAAAUAAAUAUGGUUUUAAAUGUGAAGAAAUUUUUGUAAAGUGUAUUUAUAAUAAAAAAACUGUAAAUUGUUGUAAAGAUAUUUUUAAACCAAUACCUGUUUUGGGUAGAGGUAUAUGUUAUCAAAAUAUUAAAGGAUUGAAACAGGAAGAUGAGGAUGAAUUGGGAAAACUUAUUUUAAAAAUUAAAGCUCCAUUUAUAAAUAAAACAAAUAAUUUAAAAAAUAAACAAACACAAUUAAUUGCUUUUGUUGAUUCUAAUUUUGAUCUUUUAACAAGUGGGCAUCCUCUUUAUAUAUUACCAAAUGUUUAUAAUAUUUUAUAUAUUAAGGCUAAAAAAAUUAAACUUAUUGAAAAAAAUGAAAAUUGUCUUAAUAAGAUUGAGGGUAAUAAUAAUAUUUGUUUUGUAAGAAAUUUUCUCAAUUCAAGAGUUAUUGAAACUCAUCAUUGUAUUUUUUCUUAUCUAAAACAUCUUUAUCUUGGUGAAAAUUAUCCCAUUUGUAAUUUAUCAACAAUAAUUUCUUUAUAUAAUCGUAAAUUGUUUAAUAAAAAAUUAAAAUUUAAGCCAAAAGUUAAAUGUUUACCAGGUUGUUAUAGAUGGCAAUAUUUUACAACACUUUUAACAGGAAAUGAUUUAACUCAUUUUUCUGGUUAUCAUUUUAACCUUGAAAUGUCUUUUAUGAAUUUACAAUAUGAACAAAUUAUAGAAAGUUAUACCACAAGUAUUCCAGCUUUCAUAGCUGAAAUAGGAGGACAAUUUGGUUUCUUUCUAGGAAUUUCUGUUAUUACAUUACUUCAAAUAAUAAUUUAUUUAUAUAAUAAAUUUAUAAUGUUAAUAAAUGUUAAUAACUCUGACAAUAUACAUGAUUAA